GGCCAAGGACUUGUCGAAUGUCUCUGAAGUGGUUCCACUACGCACAGAAGGCAGUGUUGCAUCCUAGCAGUCCCCUAUACAAUUACGAGAUCAGUGAGCUGACAAUAGCAGCCACGCGAGCUUUGCACAGAAUCUUCCGUCUAUGUGACCUAGACAAUGACGGACUGUUGAAUGACAACGAGAUCAACUUCCUCCAGAUCCGUGCCUUUGGAGCGCCCCUGGACAAGAUCAACCUGGCAGAGAUCAAGGGACUCAUCCAGUCCAACACAAUUGCUGGGAUAUCACACGACGCCAUCACCGAAGAGGGCUUUCUAUUUCUGAACAAUCUGUUCAUCCAGCGUGGCAGAAUAGAGACAACGUGGGCUAUCUUGAGGAGCUUCGGCUACUCGGAUGUGCUGGAAAUAAGAGAAGACCUCAUCCAGCCCAACUUCGACUUGAAGCUGGGAUGUUCAGUGGAGCUGACUGGACUGGGGAGUGAGUUCAUGGCUUCUCUGUUCCACAAACACGACCGAGACAGAGACGGGGCCCUGUCUCCCCACGAACUCAUGGACCUGUUCGAUGUAUGUCCCCGCAACAACCCCUGGGGCAUGGAUGUGUUCCACAGUGUGACCACUAAUAACAAGGGAUGGAUCGACCUCAACGGAUUCCUCUGUCAGUGGAGCAUGACAGCCUACCUGGACACCCCUAGAUUUAUAGAGUACCUGGCCUACUUCGGAUACAUGGAGUGCGACCACAACAACAACUCCACCGCCAUCAGGGUGACUCGAUCGAAAGCAGAGGAUCUGAAGUCUAGAGUGUGCACGCGCAACAUGUUCCUCUGUCACGUGAUUGGGCCGGAAGGGGCGGGGAAAAGCUCGUUCAUGCAGGGUCUGUUGGGGAGGACUGUGAAGGAGUUGAGGAGGAUGGACCACGUGAACGAAUUGAGCAGAUAUGCGAUCAACUGUCUAAACUACAAGGGACACAACAAGUACCUUCUGAUGCACGACUUUGACGUUGCUGAGAAUGACAUUUUGACAGACGAGGACUUAGAUUGUGAUGUGGUGGUGCUCAUGUACGAUGCAAGUGACUCUUACUCAUUCGAAACAGUAGCUAUACUGUACAGGAACCACUUCCUAAACCCAACCUGCCCUCCUAUUGCCUCAAGUAGCCAACUCACAUCCAGUAGACCAUCAGUAGUCAUGCCACCACCCAGAGUGCUAAUAUGCGGAGCAAAGUCAGACAGAGCUGAGGUGAAGCAGCAGUUUGAGAUGAGUCCGGCACAGUUCUGCAGAAGACACUUGCUGCCGCCCCCAGUUCUGGUAUCCAGCUGGAGUGAGAUCAAACCCCACGUAUACCACACACUGCUCUCCCUCGCCAUAAACCCGCACAAGAGAAGGAAAUACCACUACUAUUACUACUCUUUCAUUGACAGUUUCUGGGCCAAAACUACUGCAGCAAUCACAGCGUCCACAGUUGGCGCCCUUGCCGCAGUGCUAAUAUAUAGAAAGUACAUCAGAACAUAAUUUCCCACAAAAAUCAAACUUCGUAAUAUAUAAAUAUAUAUUAGGCUCUUUUCAAAGUUCAGAGUCUGAACUUUGUUUUGCUGUCACACAAUCAAUUUUGAGUGGUUGUACGUUUCAU